AUGGCCUUAUCUGCAACAAACCUCUUGAUUGGAAAACUAGUGACAAUUAUUCAAAACGAAGGAACCACCAUAGCCAGUGUUCGUGAUGAAGUUGAUAACAUUAAGCUGGAGCUUCUAAGCAUGAAAGCUUUCCUUGAGGACGCGGAGGCCGAAAAAGCACAAACAGAAGGACAGAAAGUGUGGGUUGCAAGCAUCAGAGACUUGGCCUAUGACGUUGAAGAUAUCAUUGAUGAGUUCAUGUAUCACAUGUAUGAGAAGCAAAGUGGGGGUCGGAUUUCCAGGGGUCUAUACAAAACCAUUUAUGCUCCAAAUAGCCUCUGGUUUAGGCGCAAAAUUGCAAAGAAGUUGCAGAAAAUCACUGAGACAAUCAAAGCCAUUCCUGAGAGGAAUCAAAGAUAUGGUUUUGGAAUUGCCAGAGGAACAAGUACUACUGAAGAUACUUACAAAUGGGUGCAGAACCAAGUGGAGUCUUCCUUUCUCAUUACAGAAGACGAACUUGUGGGGAUUGAAGACAAGAAGCAGAUUCUAAUGGGAUGGCUAAUGGAUGAAGAGCAACACCAGACCGUGAUAUCCGUGGUUGGGAUGGGAGGAUCUGGAAAGACAACUCUGGUUGCCAAGACCUACACCAACGAAAGGGUAAAGAGACAUUUCAACUGUUAUGCGUGGAUUACAGUUUCUCAAAUUUAUGUUGUUGCAGACUUGUUACGAAGUUUAUUCAAGGGACUCCACAAAUCAAGGAAGGAAGAUAUUCCUGCAAACUUGAAUGCCAUGAGCCGCACAGAAUUACAAGAUACUCUGGUUAACUAUUUAGAGUCCAAACGGUACUUGGUUGUUCUAGAUGAUAUGUGGGAUGUCAAAGUCUGGAAAGAAGUAAGGGCAUCACUUCUUGAUAAAGGACUUGGAAGUCGAAUCAUAAUUACAACCCGAAAAGAAGACAUAGCAUCUAGUUCUUUUGGAGUUGAAAGCCAUGUUCACCAUAUUCAACCCCUCCAAAAGAUUGAUGCAUGGGAACUCUUCAGAAGGAAAGCAUUCUCAACUAAUCAUGACAAAGCUUGUCCACCCGAGCUUGGCCUAUUGGCUCGAGAACUUGUGGGAAAGUGUGAAGGCCUUCCUCUGGCUGUCGUGGCUUUAGGCGGCCUAAUGUCUUCAAAGAAGUCACCAGAUCAAUGGCACAGAGUCUGCAAGAGUUUAAAUUGGCAUUUAAAUAACAAUCUAUUGCUUGACCCUGUGAAAAGCCUCCUGUUGCUUAGUUUCAAUGAUUUGCCAUCUCAAUUGAAGCAUUGCUUCCUUUAUUGUUCUCUUUUUCCGGAGGAUUAUUUAGUUCAAAGAAAAAGGCUUAUUAGAUUGUGGAUAGCUGAAGGAUUUGUUGAGCAUGCGAAAGGGGUCACACCAGAAGAAGUUGCAGAUGGCUAUCUUUUGGAACUCUGCUUCCGUAGCAUGUUACAAGUUGUCGAGAGAAAUGAAACAGGAAGGCCGAGACAAGUUAAGAUGCAUGAUCUUAUGCGAGAGCUUGCUUUGUCCACAUCCGAAAAGGAAAAGUUUGGUCACGUACACGACAAGAGAGAAGUAAUGGAAGACAUCUCAAGCCGUCGCUUGUCAAUUCAAAUGACGAGUAAUGAAGGAGAAACUAAAUCCUGCCCGGGUAUGUCAAAGAUUCGUUCUCUUCUUGUAUUUUCCAGCAACAUGUCCUCAUUGUGUUUCUCAAAUGCACUGCUUUCUAGAUUCAAAUUGUUGAGGAGUCUAGACUUGGAGGGUGUCCAGAUUGAUAAGCUGCCGGAUGCAGUUGUUUACUUCUUCAACUUGAGAUAUUUAAAUUUAAGGGGCUCUCUAAUCAAAGAACUUCCAGAGGCCAUAGGGUGUCUACACAACCUUCAAUUUCUGAACAUCAGGGAUACUAAGAUAGAGGCACUUCCACAAGGAAUCACAAAGUUGCUCAACCUGCGCCAUCUAAUUAUGUAUCGCUACACUGGACAGUUUCUGGACUUCCAAUUUUUGAGUGGGACAAAAGCGCCAUCAAAUAUUUGUAAGUUGCAGAAAUUGCAAUGUCUAAUGACUAUUGAAUCAGAGAAGGACACUAUUAGACUUAUCGGCAGCCUGACUCAACUUAUGAGCACGGGUAUAUCGAAUGUGAAAGAAAAAGAUGAGACUGAACUUUGGGUCUCAAUCAACAAGUUGACUCUGCUUCAAAAUCUGGAGUUACUGGCAUGUAAUGAAGAGGAAAUUCUUCCGGUGAAAGCAAAAUGUCCACCUCUCCCGCACCUUCGAAAGCUUCUUUUGAGUGGCAGACUGCAAAACGUAGUAUUACCUUGGUUUUCUUCACUGCAUAGCCUCACAACUCUGCAGCUGCAUUGGUCAAGGCUUGAACAGGAUUUGCUACCUCACAUUGAAGCACUGCCCAGUCUAACAAAUCUCACCCUUAGUAAUGCAUAUGUUGGGCAACAGUUGUGUUUCCGCCGCAGAGGCUUUGUAAAGCUGGAGAUGUUGGAGUUGUUGAAUUUUGCCUCGUUGAAAAAGAUAACUAUAGAAAAAGGGGCCAUGCCUAAUCUCCGGUUCCUUGCGCUUCAAAACUGCAUGGGAUUGAAAUCAGUUCCACUGGGCGUUGAGAACCUUUCUAAUCUACAAAUUUUGGGCCUGACAAUUGUUCCAACAGAAAUUAUUAAUCCCAUUCGGAAAGGAGGUGCGGAUCGUUCUAAGGUACAACACAUCCCUGAGAUCAGACAUUAUUUCCGGCAGUCAUCCAAGCUGGUCUACGAAAACUUGGCCUAG